GUAUUUAUGGUCAUAGCUGAUACCGUGGUAAAGACGCAUAACCUAGUGUAUAACGUAACCUAACAUAUAUCGUUUUAUUCAAAUUUCGUAGGAAAUUAAUAGUUAUUUGAAUACAAGAUAAAGUAUCUAAUAUCAAUGUUUUAGUGAAAAUGGAUAUUCGUCCAAAUAAUACCAUUUAUAUUAAUAAUUUAAAUGAAAAAAUCAAGAAGGAAGAACUAAAAAAAUCAUUGUAUGCUAUUUUCUCACAAUUUGGUCAAAUUUUGGAUAUUGUAGCUUUAAAGACAGUAAAAAUGCGUGGACAAGCAUUUGUUAUUUUUAAGGAAAUAGCAAGUGCAACAAAUGCCUUAAGAUCAAUGCAAGGCUUCCCAUUCUAUGACAAACCAAUGAGAAUACAAUAUGCUAAAACUGACAGCGAUAUAAUUGCCAAAAUGAAAGGUACCUUUGCCGAACGUCCAAAGAAACCAAAACGAGUUGUUCCAGUAGCAGAUGAAGAAGCCAAACGUGCCAAGAAACGUGCAAAGGAGCAAGCAAAACAUUCACAACAAAUUGGUUAUCAUGCUAGUGUACCUCAACAUCCACUUGUUAAUACUGCUGUUCCUGAACAGCCACCUAAUCAGAUAUUAUUUUUAACAAAUCUACCAGAUGAAACAAGUGAAAUGAUGUUAUCAAUGCUGUUUAAUCAAUUUCCGGGUUUCAAAGAGGUACGGUUAGUACCUAAUCGACAUGAUAUCGCAUUUGUUGAAUUUGAAAAUGAAGUUCAAUCUGGAGCAGCAAAAGAUGCUCUUCAAGGUUUCAAAAUUACACCUUCACAUGCAAUGAAAAUAUCAUUUGCAAAAAAAUAGUUUUAUAAUCUUUUUAUAUUAUUCAUACUACAAUAAAAUAAAAAUAAGGUGUAAGUCGAAUUGCAUAAAGAUAAAUGUAGUAAU